AUGGAACGCUUUGAGCAUUACACACUUGGACGGAAAGUAAAAGUGGAAUCAGACCACAAACCACUAGAAAUCAUCAGCAAGAAAAGUUUAGUUUCCGCUCCUAAACGUCUUCAACGAAUGCUCUUGCGUCUUCAGAAGUUUGAUUACGAGAUCACAUACAAACGAGGUCUUGAAAUGUAUCUUGCUGAUACACUGAGUCGAGCCUAUCUGCCAACUGUACAGAUACAAAGAAAUGAUUCUGAAGACAGAGUACUCGCCAUUACCGACCGUGCAAAAUCUGAAAAAGAUGCAGAGUCCGUUACAAUGAGUGAAUACGUCACCAUCUCGUCCGAAACUCUAAAGAAAAUCAAAUCUGCAAACUCGCGUGAUGAAACAAUGCAAAAGCUGUACAAAACAAUCAAAGAUGGUUGGCCGGAGCGAGAUGAACUGACACCCGAUAUACAGAUCUUCUACACAUUCAGAGACGAAUUGACUUCACAGGAUGGUUUAAUUUUCAAAGGAGACCGCAUUGUUAUUCCACCUACAUUGAAAGGUGAAAUUCUUCAAAAGGUACACUCCAGCCACAUUGGUAUUCAAGGAUGUUACCGUAGAACUAAAGAAUCACUAUAUUGGCCAAACAUGAUGAAAGAUAUCGAAUCUUUUAUCAAGGAAUGUCCAGUCUGCGCUACCAUACAGGGUGAGCAAGGCAAAGAAACUCUCAUUUCGCAUGAAAUUCCCGAUAGACCAUGGCAGAAAAUUGGAACUGACCUCUUUCAAUUUGAUGACAAACAAUAUCUCAUCACUGUUGAUUACUAUUCCGAUUUUUUUGAAAUUGACCGUCUACAUGAUAAAAAGUCAAAGGAAGUCAUCACCAAACUCAAAGCACAAAUGGCCAGACACGGACUUCCUGAAAUUUUGAUUUCAGACAACGGCCCGUCUUACAAUAGCAAGGAAUUUGCUUAUUUCUCAGAGAACUAUGAGUUCAAGCAUACUACGUCAUCGCCAUUGUACCCAAAAUCUAAUGGGAAAGUUGAAAAUGCAGUUAGAAUUGCAAAGAACCUAAUGAAGAAAUGCCAAUUAGAUAAAAGCGAUCCUUUCCUCGCUCUAUUAGAUUGGAGAAAUACUCCCUCUGAAAAUAUUGGAACUUCUGCAGUUCAACGACUAAUGGCACGCCGUACAAGAACUCUGCUACCAAUCAAAACCGAACUUUUGAAACCAGCCCUAACCCCAAAUGUCAAAGAGCGAUUGAGAGAACGGAAACAUAGAUCAGCAUUUUACUACAAUCGCACAGCGAAAGACCUACCAGAGAUUAAAAGUGGGGAAACCGUGAGAAUUCAACCUUUUGGACAUGAAAAAAAUUGGACGAAGGCAAAGGUCAACGAAAAAGUAAACAUCCGCUCGUAUCAAGUGAUCACGAAACAGAAAACAUUUGCGUUGCACAAAUGA